AAUAAAAGUUAGUGUACCAUAUUAAAUGUUUUUCAAAAGCUUAGGGGGGCGGCUGCCCACCCUUAUCCUUCAUGGGCUCCGUCCCUGAAUCCACCGCACAGGCCUGCGCCACGUGAACCCCUGUGGAAUUGACUAGGUGAGCAGUCUACAAGUCCCACCAACCCCGGAAAAUUCCCAUCUUCAAUAGCAAUUGCAAGGCCCAUCAUCGAUAGCCAUUUCUUUUUCAAUCUCAUUUGCUCAAACUUGUCUGCAAAAAAAUGGCAGAAGCACUUGUUUCCGCUCUCUUAGAGCAAAUAACAACAAUCAUCUGUGAAGGAGCACUAGAGGAAGUGAGACUUCUGAAGGGUGUUAAGGAAGAUCUGAGAAAGCUCAAAUUCAAUCUCACAUCCAUCAAAGCUUUACUUGAAGAUGCUGAGCAAAAGCAAAUAUCAGACAAAAUUGUCCAGUUAUGGUUAGAUCGGCUGCAAGAAGAGUCUCUUGACAUGGAGGAUGCUCUAGAUGAGUGGAGAACCGUACUUCUGUAUCGGCCAACUGAUGGAGUUGAAAAUGCUUCUUUUCUUCAAAGGAAGGUAUGCCUUUUCCUCCGAUGCUUUUCUUUUCGUCGGGUUUAUAGGUACCAUGGCAUUGCUCGCAACAUAAAAGAAAUUAAUGAGAGGUUAGAUGAGAUUGCUAAAGAUAGAGUAAGGUAUCAGUUAACAGAUACACCUAGUAGACUGCCAAAACGAAAAGAAAGCACGAGUUUUGGUGAUGGGUCAAACAUCGUUGGUAGGGAUGAGGUAAAGAAAGAAAUAAUAGAUCAUUUGCUGUGUGAGACUAGCAACGAAGGAGAGACCUGUCAAACCAUCUCUAUAGUAGGGAUGGGAGGUAUUGGUAAGACUGCUCUUGCCAAACUGAUCUACAAUGAUGAAGAAGUUAAACAACAUUUCACUAGCAGAAUCUGGGCAUGUGUUUCAGACAUCUUUGAUGAGAGUAAAGUGGCAAAAACGAUCAUUGCAGGACUUGAAGGCCUAGAUAAAGCAGCAGGCCUCCAAACGGAGUCAGUUCCAUUGAAUGCACUUUUAGAAAGAAUUUGCAAGUCCAUAGAAGAAAAGAAAUACCUUCUUGUCCUAGAUGAUGUAUGGACAGAAAAUGAUGAAGACUUUGGAGGAUUGAAUGUCACUUUCAAAUGUGGUGCUGCAGGAAGUAGAAUUUUGGUGACUACUCGAAAGGAUACUGUUUCAAGAGUCAUGGGGAGUUCUCAGACCAUUCAUUUAGAAACUUUGAGCCAAGACUUAUGCUGGUCCAUUCUUAAGAAAAUAGCACUAAGAGAAAGGGACCAAAAGAGUUGUGAAGAUAUAACGCCAAUUGGGUUGAGAAUUGCAGAGAAAUGCAAAGGUCUGCCACUUGUUGCAAAGACUCUGGGAGGUCAUUUACAGUUUAAGACUACUAGAAAAGAAUGGGAAGAUGUCUUGAAUAGUGAGUUAUGGAGGAUGGAUGUGGUGCAUAAAGAUGUUUUUGUUCCUCUAUUGUUGAGUUAUUAUGAUCUACCAUCCCCAGUAAAACAAUGCUUUAAGUUUUGUGCUCACUUUACUAAAGACACUGCUUAUUUUACUUGUCAUUUGAUAGCAAAAUGGAAGGCACAAGGUUACUUAGGCUCUAAUGAUGGUGAUGAUUCAUUAUGGGAACUGAAAGGCCUUGAUUACUUAAAGUGCUUAGAGGCUCGCUCUUUCAUCCAAAUUGAAGAUUUUAAUCCUUUAUAUGGUCAAUAUGCUGACUGUAGGAUGCAUGAUCUGGUACAUGACUUUGCUCUUUUUUUGACGAAGGGUGAAUUUCUAGAAGAGGUGAUCUCUGAAGGUGAUAAAAGCAUGAAGAUGAACUCAGAAAGAACUUGUCGGCAUUUGGUAGUAACACUUGAAAGCGGCCUCAGUGUCAGAAAAAAGAGAAAGGAGUAAUUUUCUAUAAAUGAUAGAAAACAUGAGAGCUACAUACAAAAAUAUUGAAUCUAGAAUACUCUUUUGUACUGUUUUUUAGGGUGAUUUUUCUGAUAUAAAAGGCGAAAUUUUUU